GUGCUGCACGUAUUUGCUCGUAAAUUCAGAAAGAAAAACGCGUUAAUAAUGACUCGCCACGCUAGAAAUUGUACUGCCGGAGCGGUUUAUACGUACCACGAGAAGAAAAAGGAUGCGGCAAACUCCGGGUUCGGUACUACAUCCCGCCGCAUUGGUAAAGAUUCGGUGAAAAGUUUCGACUGUUGUUCCUUGACGCUGCAGCCUUGUCGAAAUCCAGUAAUAACAAAAGAUGGUUAUUUGUUUGAUAAGGAAGCCAUCCUUACGUACAUCAUCUCGAAGAAGAACGAGUACAGCCGCAAGAUGAAGGAGUAUGAAAAGCAGGUCAAGCAGGACGAGGAAGAAGAGACUGCCAAGGCAAAUGCAGAACAGCAAAAGAAGCUGGACCGGUUCAUCUCGACGGAGAAGAAUAUCGUGAGCAAUAAGGCUGUCAUACCAAACGCCGAAAAGCCAAGCACUAGCGGAGCUAUCUCGAACGUGUCGCUUGGUAAGCGAAAGGAACUGCCCAGCUUCUGGGUACCGUCCCAAACACCAGCGGCCAAGAUAUCCCGUAUCGAGAAGCCGGACAGCAAAAUCUACUGCCCCGUAUCGAACAAACCGCUAAAAGCAAAGGAUCUGAUUGAGGUGAAAUUUACGCUCGUCAAGGAUCCGGCCGAUAAGAAAUCGUUGAUUGCGAAGGAAAAUCGCUACAUGUGUGCGGUGACGCACGAUAUCCUAAACAACUCGGUACCGUGCGCAGUGUUGAAACCAACCGGAGACGUCGUUACCAUAGAGUGUGUUGAAAAAAUCAUCAAAAAGGACAUGAUACAUCCGCUAUCGAAUGAAAAACUCUCGGAAUCGGAUAUUAUUCCUUUACAACGGGGUGGAACUGGCUUUGCAACGACGAAUGAAAAAUUAGAAGCCAAAGAGCAAAAACCAUGCCUGCAGGUUUAAUUUAGUUCAAUUCUAAGUAAGAUAAGGUAAUCUUUUUUAACAUUCUGGACCAAACAGGACGUUCUGGUCUAAGCUAAGUUGACAUUUUAAUCCAGAUCAUCUUUUGCUGUAUACAUUAAACACAAUAUAAGAGUAAAGAUCGGAGGUAAUUGUAAGCGUAAUGGCCAUAACAUUGGUCAAUGACUGUAAAUUGCAGUGGUAAAAGUAGAGAAAUUCACAAUCACCAAGUACAUGCAAGGAUAUUGAGAACAGUGCAAACUGGCUCCGUGAACCGGUCAACUACCCUGAGCUCGGUGGCCAUCAGCUGCAAUUUGGGAGAAAAGGCCAUGGCCAUUCGACAAACACCGGAGUGCUUUACAGUGGGCAGCCACAAAGCAAAAGAAGCAAUGCGUCAUACGGUUAUAAGUGCACGUAAAUAGCCUCCUCGUAUCACAGCGUGCAGCUGGUCGCAGAUAAUUGUCGUCCCAUCCCUUGUACCAUUCCCUUCCUACGUACUUUUGCUUCCCAUUCACGUACAGAUGGACAGCACGGAAUGUUUGUCAUUUUUAUCUAUCCAUAACCGCUGCCAUAACGGCACACGCGCGAGAGCUAUUGAAGCGAUGGCCUUGCGAGAACGAUCAGAACCGUUCGCGGUGGGCUAGCUGCAUCAAGCUGCAUAUAUGACGUAUUUGUCAGCUCGAUGGAGAAAAUACGGCACUAUCAAAGCAGGAAAUGAAUGUGUUGCAGUGUCUUUUAACCGGAAAACACUUUAAGGUGGCGCCCAUUUCGGUGUUGCCCUAGCUGGGUACAGGCUGUAAAAGAAUGAGGCACUGCAUGUUGCAAAAAUGUGCGCUAAAUGUUGAUAACAAUAAGAUAGUUUUAUUGGUUUGACCAUUUGCCACGAUGUGCGCGUCACACUACGAGCAACCCGAUCCUCGUAUACACACUGCCGUGUACCGCACUCAUGUAAUGCUCGUUUGUUUUGUAAGUUUGCUCGCUUCCUGUACUCAUACCCGGAUCCCCCACCGAUCGUACCGUGACCGUGACUAUGGAGGGAAGUGUGGAUGACCUUCGGCGAUAGUUAACGUUACUAGCGAACUGACGAUGGUUACAGCAAAACCGCGUGUGUGCGAGAUCUAUGACCGGUUUGAUAGUGGUCGUAGAAGGGUAAGCCGUGUUGUACUCCCGGUGCCUUACGACUCCGAUGGGGGUGCAUGGAUGCGAUAAUAUGGCAGUGUGUUUCUAAUACCACAAUCAUUGCAAGUAUUGCAACUGCAUCAAAAGUGCGAGAACGGGGCCGAGAUGAGCCAACACAGCACGAGCAGGCCAAAAAAAAGGUAACACAAAUAUUUUUAGAGAAUU